CAAACCCGAAAAGAAGGAUAAAUUCCUCUAUUAUGCCUCAGUCACAUCUUCUCUUGGAAGUUACAUUGGAGAGUAAGAAAUGUACCUUCACUGAGUGAAUUCAUCAGUUGAUUAUGUGGUAAGCCUUUGUCUGGGGAUAUCAGGCUGGUGUUGUAUUCAGAUUGUCCUCCAGGAACAAUUAUAUGACUUUACACAUCCAGUUGUCUCAGGACUGGAGAUGGUGGGACUUGCUGCCUCCUCAGCAGCUGUUUAUGAGAUGGAGCUGCUGGUGACAGAGUUGAAUGUGCUGUUAAAGCUGUUGGACCAAGAGACCCUGAGCUCUGCAACAGAAGAAAAGAAAAUGGCUGUAAGGAAACUGCUAAGACGAUUACAGCCCACAGUCACUGGAAAAGACUACCUGUACGUGAACGCGUCAGUGUACAGAAAUGGGACAAGCUUUGUUGAGUCUCUUUUUGAGAAGUUUGAUUGCGACCUCGGGGAACUGAAAGUUGAAAUGGAGGAUCACAAAAAAGAGCCAGAGACAAACAUCACAGACCACACUCCCUCUAAGCCGGGCAUGGCAGAUUCUCCUCCCCCUUUGCCCAACACACCCCCUCCAGAGGAAGACUAUGAAGAGGCCGAGCCACUCAGCCCUGGCAAGAUGCCAGAAUAUAUCACCAGCCGCAGUGAGUCUCGAUGCUGUAGCUCCAGCCCUCCGAACUCUAUCGAAGAUGGGUAUUACGAAGAAGCAGAGAAUAAUUACCCAACCACCCAAGUGAACGGGCGACGCAAAAACUCCUAUAAUGACUCAGAUGCUUUAAGCAGUUCUUAUGAGUCAUAUGAUGAAGAGGAGGAGGAGAAAGGCCAGCGUUUGACACACCAGUGGCCCUCAGAGGAAAACUCAAUGGCCCCCGUCAGAGACUGCCAUAUUUGUGCCUUCCUUCUGCGUAAGAAACGUUUCGGCCAGUGGGCCAAACAGCUCACUGUCAUCCGUGAAAACAGACUACAGUGCUAUAAAAGCUCCAAAGACCAGUCGCCUUACACAGACAUACCACUCAGCCUGUGCAAUGUCAUCUACGUACCCAAAGACGGGCGGAGAAAGAAGCACGAAUUGCGAUUCUCUCUGCCCGGAGGAGAUGCUUUGGUGCUGGCUGUGCAGAGCAAGGAGCAGGCCGAGAAAUGGCUCCAAGUGGUGCGUGACGUUACAGGUCAGGGGAAUGGGUUGGACAGCCCAUCUCCAGUGAUUCCUAGGAAGAUUGAACUGGAAAAGUGGCCGUCUGCAGAGAAGCAAACCUCUGAUUCUGACAGCAUGCCAAGUGGAGAGAGCGCACGUGACAGCCGGGAAAAUGGUAAACCCAAGCGAGGUGCGCUGUCAGAGCUCACAGGCACGGUGAGCCGAGCAGCAGGAAGGAAAAUUACAAGAAUUAUUAGUUUUUCCAAAAGAAAGCCCCCUUUGCCAGGAGACAGUCGCGCCUCACUUGAUCAGGACCCUCGAUGCGGUUAUGUGGGUGUGUUGUUAAAUCAGUGCUGGAAGGAACACUGGUGUCGUGUGCGGGCCGGAUCUCUUUACCUUUACCACGAGAAAGGAGAACAGCGAGUCCCCCACAGCACUGUGGCUCUGAAGGGCUGUGACGUUGUUCCAGGCCUUGGGCCCAAACACCCCUUUGCCCUCAGAAUACUGAGAGGAGGUGCAGAACUAGCAGCUUUAGAGGCCAGCUGCUCUGAGGAUAUGGGCCGCUGGCUGGGAGUUCUUUUGGCAGAGACCGGUUCCUCAGCCGACCCCGAAUCCUUACAUUAUGACUAUGUAGACGUGGAAACUAUUGCCAACAUCCGCACAGCUGCCCGUCACUCUUUUCUAUGGGUGACCUCAACCGAUUCAAGAACGUAUGAUGAGGUUCCUUUCGAAGCCACAGAGCAGGAAAAUAAGAGGCUAAGAGGAGGAACCCAAAUAAAACGUCGCUCUUUCUCCAGCAGUGACACAGGAAAACCCAGUCCACAAAUCACCCUAAAACGCCACGGCUCCAACGCAAAUCAGUACGGGAGGUAUGGGAAAACCCGGGCGCAGGAGGACGCACGGCACUACUUGAAAGAGAAAGAGGACCUGGAAAGCGAAAUAGAUGGUAUCAGAACUGCUCUGAUCUCAUUGCGGCAGAAGAAACGAGAGGCCAAAGAAAAACUUAAGGGUGCAACCGAUAAGCAGAAACUGGCCUUAGAGGAGUAUGUAGCUCAGCUGGAGGAACGCUGCAGAGUUAAAGAGGGUGAGCGUGUUGAUCUUGAGCUCAAGCUCACUCAGGUGAAGGAGAACCUGAAAAAAUCUCUGUCUGGUGGAGCAUUGGGGUCACCUGCAGAGUCGAAACCUACAAGCAAGACUCAAAAGACUGAGUAUAUCGAGUCAUUUCAUCCCGUCAACUGUGCCUCUGAAAUGCGCAAGCGCCCUCCCUCCAUCUAUGCAUCCACCAAGGGAAACGUUAUGCAGAAAGCCAAGGAAUGGGAGUCAAAAAAGAGGACAUAGGAAAACUGCUGAACACAAAGACCAAGAGACAAUGUGCCAUUUUAACAUAAAAUCUCUCCAGUCCUUCUGAAGUCUGCGGUGUGUUCAGGUCUACUGACUGGGGUCACGGACACUUUUUUGAGCUUUUGUUGCAAUGACAAAGCAGCAGCUUUAUUAUUAUAUUCCCUUAGAUGGUCUUGUGAAGGUCCAUAAUAAUGGAGCAGAGCAUUGCAGAAUAAGUUUGUUAGGUGAAAGUACAAGAAAGGUUGUAAAGAAAGUUGAAACAGAUGGGAAUGUGUAUGUGAGACAAUCCAUUUAAAUUAAGCAUUUCUAGUUUUGAAAGUUAGCAUAACUGCUUUGUGAAAAGUGUUUACUGUAUAUUAUUUUUGCCUAAUUCCAGCUAACCAAAUGGUGCUAAUACUAGUGUACAUGUGACAUUGUAAAUAUUUUUUUUUUAGCUUUACAGUAUCUAAUAAGAUACAUGUUUUUAACCAGUUUUACCACCUUUCAAAGUGAGUAACAUUUGCACUUUAAUGUCUAUAGACAUGGAUAUGGGUAAGGGAAUUCUCUUUAAUAAAACACCAAAAAUUA